AUGUAUACGAUGCAGCAUCAAACUUCCUUGCAGCCCAACGGCACCUCAACGAAUGCGAGAAGCCAAAGCCGUUCAACAGAAGGUUCCGGAUCCGGUGGUUUAACACCGUCGAAUUCAUCACAACAAUCCAGUAGCACACAGCCAACACAGCAGACUCAUCAGGUGCCACCAAUGGGUCAGUUAGGUGUCGCACUGCAACAAGCAACGGGAAUCGAAGCUCCGCCAGCUAGUUUCACUUUUAACAACUCUGAUCUGUUUUCAUCGUUUCCAACCAAUCACAACUUGUUGCAAUAUCAAAUGAGACCGGAGUUAAUGGGCCUAUCCGGAUUUCGAGCUGCUAAUGGUUCGUCUGUGAACACGGUUCGAUUUAUUUUACGAGUAAAUAACUUUAGUCGUAGCACACAGAAAAUUAGAAAGAUAGGCUUACCAAAAUAA